UCAGAUUGGAAUUAUAGUGCAUUUUUUUUUAAAUGUUACGGAAAGUCAGAGGUCUUUUCAAAAUAUAGAAGUUCUGGUAACAAUAUAACUCAGCCUCUCAAGUCUCAAGCUUCCUUAUCACACCAGAACUGGCUCUCAAAACUCUCAAGUGUAUGUCCUCAUAGGACUCUAUCUCUCCGGCAAUCCUACCAUAGAAUUGAACUCUUGCAUGCAUUAAAGCACAUAUAAAUAAUUGCUAUUGUCUUGUCCUUCGAUCAGUAUUCUCAACAACAUAACAUAAUACUUAUCUGUAGUUGGACAAGAAUCGCAUCCGGCCGGUGAAGGUAGCCAAAAUGGGGAGAUCUGCAGGACCCUUCAUGACAGGCUUUCUUGUGCUGGUUUUGUGCUUCUUGGCAGCCAUGGCAGAAGCUGAAUACCUCAAGUACAAGGACUCGAAGCAGCCACUGGGUGUUAGGAUCAGAGAUUUGAUGAAAAGGAUGAGCCUUGAGGAGAAAAUUGGGCAGAUGACUCAGAUUGAGAGGAAUGUUGCCACUGCUGAUGUUAUGAAGCAAUACUUCGUUGGGAGUGUAUUGAGUGGAGGAGGAAGUGUGCCUGCACAAAAUGCUAGAGCUGAAGAUUGGGUGAACAUGGUGAAUGGGCUUCAGAAAGGGGCACUUUCUACCCGCCUUGGGAUUCCUAUGAUAUAUGGAAUUGAUGCAGUUCAUGGCCACAAUAAUGUCUACAAGGCUACUAUUUUUCCUCACAACAUUGGGCUUGGUGUCACCAGGGAUCCAGAGCUAGUGAAAAGGAUUGGAGCAGCAACUGCACUUGAAGUUAGAGCUACAGGAAUCCAAUAUGCUUUUUCUCCCUGCAUUGCUGUUUGUAGGGAUCCAAGAUGGGGACGGUGUUAUGAAAGCUAUAGUGAAGAUCACAAGAUUGUGCAAAUGAUGACUGAGAUAAUCCCUGGCUUACAAGGAGAUCUCCCUGCUAAUUACCCCCAUGGUGUUCCAUUUGUUGCUGGAAAGAACAAAGUUGCAGCAUGUGCAAAGCAUUUUGUUGGUGAUGGGGGAACGGUGAGGGGGAUUGAUGAAAACAACACGGUAAUAGGUGCAAAGGAGCUGUUCAGCAUUCACAUGCCAGCAUAUUAUGAUUCCAUCAGGAAGGGUGUUGCUACUGUUAUGGUUUCUUAUUCGAGCAUUAACAGCCAUAAGAUGCACGCUAACCGCGACCUUGUCACUGGCUUCCUCAAGAACCAGCUCAAAUUCAGGGGAUUUGUGAUUUCAGAUUGGGAGGGCAUUGAUAGGAUUACCAGCCCGCCUAAGUCUAAUUACACUUAUUCGGUACAAGCUGGGAUUCUUGCAGGGAUUGACAUGGUCAUGGUCCCUCAGAAUUACAAAGACUAUAUUAGCAAUUUGACUUAUCUUGUGAAUAAGAAAGUGAUUCCAAUGAGUAGGAUUGACGAUGCUGUGAGGAGGAUACUGAGGGUCAAGUUUACCAUGGGUCUCUUUGAGAAUCCAUUGGCUGAUCAGAGCUUCGCCAACCAACUUGGAAGCCAGGAGCACAGGGAUUUGGCGCGGGAAGCAGUGAGGAAAUCAUUAGUGCUUCUGAAGAACGGAAAGAGUUCAAUGCAUCCUUUACUUCCCCUUCCCAAGAAAGUACCCAAGAUUCUUGUUGCUGGAAGUCAUGCACACAACUUGGGAUACCAAUGCGGAGGCUGGACUGUUGAAUGGCAAGGCUUUAAUGGCAAUAAUCGUACCAUUGGAACCACCAUUUUAAGCGCGAUAAAGAAGACGGUCGAUCCUUCAACACAAGUCGUGUAUCAAGACAAUCCGGACGCCAACUUUGUGAAGUCCAAUAAUUUCUCAUAUGCCAUUGUGGUCGUGGGCGAACCCCCGUAUGCAGAAAUGUAUGGCGACACGACUAACCUCACCAUAACGGGAACGGGCGGGGGUGUCACUAUAGACAAUGUUUGUGGGGCAACCAAGUGUGUGGUGGUUGUGAUUUCAGGACGGCCUGUUGUGAUUGCGCCCUAUGUUGAAAAAAUAGAUGCCCUUGUUGCAGCGUGGCUGCCCGGGACUGAAGGGCAAGGGGUCACUGACGCCUUGUUUGGGGACUAUGGAUUCACUGGCAAGCUUGCCCGGACAUGGUUCAAAACGGUUGACCAGCUCCCAAUGAACGUAGGAGACAAGCAUUAUGAUCCAUUGUUCCCUUUUGGGUAUGGACUCACAACUCAGCCUCUAAAGAAGUAGCAGUAGAUUAGUUGUACGGCUAUGAGUGAGCAUGCACAUAUACUCUGUAUAUGUGAAGGGGUUCCCUUUUUUGUUUUGUUUUUUGUUCUUUGUUUUCCUUUUCUUUUCCAUAUUAAACAGAUCAAACCUUGGGUUACUAGCAGUCUAGCAUCGUUUAAUUCAUAUGUCCAUCGAUAGUUUAUUUUUAACUUUAAAUUUUCAGUUAAUUUCGAUCUACCUGGCAAUAUGUUGUUGUCUCAUGUUUUAUUAUUAAACAGUUUACUCCAUGGUGAUCCAAUUAGAUAAGAUAAUACCAUCUUGAUAUAUACAUAUAU